AUGGCUAGCGCGUCGCCCUGCUCCCUCGCCGCCCUGGACCGUGCAGGCCUCGUCGUGCCACCGCUGCUCGCCGCCCCACCGUCUCUUGUGCCGCCGCGCGCCCCGUCUUCGCCCGCAUGGCCCCGCUCGCCGCCGUCCAUGCCGCACCCGCGGCACCCAACUUCUGCCGCCGGAGUUCACCACCGCUAUGGUCUGCCUGGUUCCGCACCACAGGAGGAGGCCGGCCAUGGCGACACCGGAUCUGGCAUCUCCGGGGUCCUCUACAAGUGGGUCAACUACGGCCGCGGGUGGCGGCCUCGCUGGUUCGCGCUCAGCGACGGCGUGCUCUCCUACUACAAGAUCCACGGGCCCGACCGUAUCGACCUCUCCCGCGACACCGACCGCGGCGCCAAGGUCAUCGGCGAGGACUCGCUCCGCCGCCUCGCGCGCCCCUCCUCCGCCUCCGCCCCCCACUCCAAUGGCCACGGCCACCACCAGACGCCCCGCAAGCCCCUCAGCGAAAUCCACCUCAAGGUGUCGACCGUCAGAGAGAGCAGAUCGGACGACAGGAGGUUCUCCAUCUUCUCGGGGACCAAGAGGCUGCACCUGCGGGCCGAGACGAGGGAGGACAGGGCCGCGUGGCUCGAGGCGCUCCGUGCCACCAAGGAGAUGUUCCCGAGGAUGUCCACCAGCGAGAUGGUCGGGCCGGGGGACACUGCGGCGGCCGCGGCGGUCUCCACCGAGCGCCUGAAGAAGCGCCUGCAGCAGGAAGGGGUCAGCGAUGCUGCCAUUGCUGACAGCGAGAGGAUCGUGCGUGAGGAGUUCGAGGUGCUGCACAAGCAGCUUGUGCUUCUCAAGCAGAAGCAGGCGCUACUCCUUGACACGCUCCUCCACCUAGAGACAGAACAGGUCGAUUUGGAGAAUAUCCUCAUUGAUGAGAGCCAAAGACAGUCGAAAGAGUAUGGAUCUGCUUCCAGACCAAGGAAUGAGAAGCUUAGUGGUAUGACAAAUUUAGUUAGUGUAAAUCUUACUGCUACACAUGCUAUUGAUAUACGUGCGUUCUGA